AUGUCAGGAAACUCGACUCUCCUGCUGCCAAGCCCCGCGAGCAUCUUUGUCAACUUGCCUCUCCUGAGUGCCUCACCAACAUGGCUCCAACCGCCCUGGAAGGCCCCCGCCUUCACUGAGGCUGCACGCUUCCGUGUCAUCGCUACUCUGGUGCUCUUUGUGUUCGCGGCCAUCAGUAACCUAUCAGUGGUGCUAAGUGUGACACGGGGCCGUGGCCAACAUCUGGCCUCUCACCUGCGACCCCUCAUCGGCAGCCUGGCCUCUGCCGACCUGGUCAUGACCUUCGUGGUGAUGCCGCUGGAUGCAGCAUGGAACUUGACAGUACAGUGGUAUGCUGGCAAUGGCAUGUGCAAGAUACUCUGUUUCCUGAAGCUUUUUGCCAUGCACGCAGUAGCGUUCAUCCUGGUGGUGGUGAGCCUGGACAGACACCAUGCCAUCCUGCACCCCCUGGAUGCCCUGGACGUGGGACGCAGGAACAGGAGGAUGCUGCUGACCGCCUGGACUCUCAGCCUGCUCCUUGCCUCACCACAGUUAUUCAUUUUCCGAGCAAUCAAGGCUGAGGGGGUGGACUUUGUCCAGUGUGUCACACAUGGAAGCUUCCAGCAGCAUUGGCAGGAGACUGCCUACAAUAUGUUCCACUUUGUCACUCUCUACGUGUUCCCUUUGUUCGUCAUGAGCUUCUGCUACACACACAUCCUGGUUGAGAUCAACCGCCAAAUGCACAGAAGCAAAGACAAGGGAGGAGAGCCUUGUUUGAGACGCAGUGGAACCGAUAUGAUCCCCAAAGCACGUAUGAAGACUCUAAAAAUGACCAUUAUCAUUGUUGCCUCCUUUGUGAUCUGCUGGACACCAUAUUACCUACUUGGAAUUUGGUAUUGGUUUCAGCCUCAGAUGCUACAGGUGAUUCCUGAAUAUGUCCACCAUGCCUUCUUUGUUUUUGGAAACCUCAACACAUGCUGUGAUCCAGUCAUCUAUGGUCUCUUUACACCAUCAUUCCGUGCAGACUUGGCCAGCUGCUUGUGUUGGAGGAAUCAGAAAGCUUCACCCAAGUCUCUGGACCAGUUCUCUUGCCAUAGGAGAGGAGCCAGUGGAGAGGCUGAGUCAGACCUGGGAAGUGGUGACCAACCCAUUGGACAACAAAUAUAGAUUACAUGAAGAACCUAAGAGUUACUUGUGCCACAAAGGAAGAGUAAAGGCAAAAAGGCGGCAUGGUCAUUGUUCUGUUAUACCUGCCUAUCUCAUUAAGCAUUACAGCUGUUUCAUGUGUCAAGAUUUUGAUGAAAAUCCUUCAAAUUCCACUGAAGAAUUACCUUCAAAUACACAAUUAUAAGAACUUAAAAGUGCAUACUUUCCCCUUUGAUUUAAGAUAUGUACAUUCAUGUUAAAAAUGUUUUACUUGUUUUACCAGUUUUAUAUUAUUGCAACAUUAGUUCAUAGACAAGAGAGUUAACAAGAGGUGUAGAACUGA